GUUUCAAAGUUGAUUAUGUAAAAUGGCUACCAACGGCAAAGAGUUUGUGGUUACUGGAAAACGUAUCAGGCGUACGAUCGUUCGACAAUUAUUGGCCAGUUGUAACGCAGAAUGUCUGGAUCGGUGCAUGGUUAUCGUUUUGGCGUGGUCGAAGGUGGAUCAUCGAGCGGAGUAGCAUCGAUUUCGAUAAUAUUAAUAGGCAGAUUUUGUCGGAAGAGAAUUUCAGAAGCGAGGCGUAACGACGAAAGAGAAACGAGAAGCGACGGGCGGCGGUGGUUAGAGCCGUUCGGUAACCGUCCGUUUUCUCAGUGGCAGCUGCUCUCUCUCCGCUGGCCUGUUCUCUCUUCUACUCUCCGUCGGGUGAGAGGGGCCCCGGCAAAUACACUCAGCCGGCCUGACUGGCCUCUCUUCGCCCUCGUCCCCGUGAUCGUCUUAACCGGAGGAACGACGCGACGCGACGGACAAAUAGACGGACGUGGUGUCGGUUCGUUCGUUCGUUCGUUCGUACGUUCGUUCGUACGUUCGUUCGUUCAUUCAUUCAUUCGUUCGACCGAUACAUGAUUUUCUUCGAUACGAUAAUGAAUUGACGAAAUUGAAACAGAAGGCACACUCGUGUGAGCGAUCGAGAGAAGAAAUUGAUAAAUUUAGGGUGGGCUAAAGAAGAGUACGGCGAUCGUAGGCGAAAGAGGUGAAGGAACCUCUGAUAAAAAUCAAGGUACAAGUGGCGCAGGAUGUGAGUAUCGCAGCGACGCAAAGAGGAACGAUCCGGAGACGGUCGAGCGUUGUCGUCGAUCGAGUGCGCGUACUCUGGAGAGAUACGUGAUCAUCGUCGCCGGCGGCGUCAUCCCCGUCGGCGGACGGCCGACGAAAUCGAAGAGGAAGCAAUGGACGAACCCGAGUCUGCUGAGACCUGGUCGGCCUGGUUUCUCGACGCGAUCCGCAAGAUCCGCAGUCAAAAGCAGAGGCCGAGCGUGGAACGGAUAUGCCACGCGAUCCGUCAGCACCACAAUUACCACGAGGAGGAGAUUGCCGAGCACCUGGAGGUGGCCGUGAAACGCGGCGAUGUGCUAAAGAUCUUCAACAAGGGCCAGUCCUCGUACAAAGACCCUGGUGGUUUGCAGUCGAAACCGCUCAAGGUCGGCAAGGCGUCCGAUCUUAGCAAAGUGCUGGGCAAGGCCGUCAGAGAGCUCGGCGAGAGGGAAGGUUCGAGCCUGAAGAACAUCGAAAAGUAUAUUAGACAGAGUCACACGGUCGAAGAAGAAGCCGAGGGUGAUUUGAGGACGGCGCUCAGGAUAUCGGCGAAAAGAGCCGUCGAUCGAGGACUGGUGAUCCAGGACGGUAGACUUUUCCGCCAACCGGACAGACCGCCUUGUAUCAAGAAGCACGGUGAAAACGUUCAGCUCACCCUACCGGAACACCCUGUGCCCAAGCUACCAGCUCCGCUACCGAUAUGCAAAGAGUGUCUCGGUGCGACGAUAGCGGGCAACAACAAUACGAAACGAAACGCCACGGAAAAAUUGAGCCGAUGUAGCGCGUGCGGUGCAGCCCUGCACAACUCUUGCGCACCUCCGGAACUCUCGAUCCUGGUCGAUAGAGGUGUAACGUGGUGUUGCGACGAUUGCUCGCCAAUCUGCGCCGGCUGCCAGCUGGAACGAGAGUCGCAGAAUUAUCUGGUCAGAUGCGCCGGCUGCGUAAAGUGUUACCAUCCCACCUGCCUGGACCCCGCGCUCGACAAAAAGAACAAAGCACCCUGGAGGUGUCGACACUGUCAGACAGCGCAUACACCGAUCGGCAAGGAUGACGGGAAAAGAGGCAAAACACAGGACGUUAGUUGCCUCGACGACACGCCGACUAGCGCAAGGAAGAGACUCAGCAAAUUACGCGAGAGUAGAAAAUCGGCGAUAUCCAGAAAGAGCUUGACGAGUACGAGUCCCGGCAAGAAAGGCAGUGCAGGAGUGGCACAGGUGGACAGCAACUCGGACGGUAAUGCGGGUGUUGUCUCCCCUCGUCAACCACCUUUGAUUUCCUCUCCUUUACCACAACCCCCCACCCCACUCGCAGGCCAGGGUAGGCUACUCGAAGAAAAAAAUGAUCGGAUCUCCAAAGAGAAGCAAAAGUUUUUUAGACUGAGCGCAUUUAACGCGGACCACAAUAAAUUGAAGCGGGUGGGGGGCGGUGAGAAAUUUAAAUCUUCGCAAAACGUUAGUCCUAGGUUGACUCGAGGUAAUGCUGCUGCCGCCGUAGCCGCAGCCGCCGCCGCAGCCGCAGCCGCCGCCGCCGCUGCAGCCGCAGUCACAGCCACAAUUGCAACCACAACCAUAACUGCAACCGCAGUUGCAGCCAGUGUCGCGAAUAAGAACGAAAAACAACAAACGGUAGUGGGUAAAAGGUUGCCGCUAAUGUCCAGCAGCAGCAGCAGCAGCAGCAGCACCACCACCAAUAGUAACAGUAACAGUAACAGCAACAGCAAUAGCAAUAGCAACAGUAGUAGCAGCAGCAGCAGCAGCGGCGGCAGCAGUAGCGAGGCGAGUGACAGCGAUUCCUCCGACGCAAGUGACGAUACCACCGACAACGAGGACGAAGAUGACGAAGAGGUUAACAGUUCAAGCGAAUCUAGCGAUUCAUCGUCCGCAGACGACGGCCAGCAAGAACGACUGCCAGUUGUUGAGUCUCCGAAACCGAGGGGUCCGUUCUCUUGCGACUUCAACGAGGACAAACCUUGGGGUUUCGCCGCGGCCGCUGCUGCUGCUAAACUGAAUAUGGAAUCACCGUUUUUUAGCAAUAUCACCAACACGUUCGGUGCCCCGUUACCCAAGCUCGACGUCAGUAGUACGCCGACGUUUGGUUUACACAUACAACAACCCGCUACUGCCGCCAAUUCGCCGUUGCUCGACUGCGAGAAAAAGAAAGAGAAAAACGAUCGCGGCUUUGCAGCCGAUUUCACCACAGCGGACGGCAAAGUAAAACCUGGUGCCGGUCAAUUGAAAGGUCUGUUUGACGGUUUGAGUCACUUUUUUUCAGUACCUAGUAACGGUAGAGCGAGGUCUAGCGCGCCAACGCCUAAUUACGCUCCCGAUAGAAGAAAACGGCCUAACACGGACGAAGCGAGUAACACGAGCAGCACGAGCAAAUCGGCUAAAUUAUCCAAAGGGAUACAGAGCAACAAAAGGCUGCUCAGUUUACCCGAUACCCCGAAAUCGAGAGAGAAGAGGAAAAUACAAGAGGGGUCGAGCGAUGAACCGAAACUACCACGGCCUGGAAUCUUCUUGCCUUCCGACGAGGCAUUCUUCUCCGCUCCCCUUGACGAAAAAUUAACAAAAAUGACACCGUCGAAUUUGGUGAAAACAGCGGUGAAUAGCAAAAGGCACGAACACGAGAGGAGAAAGCUGAUGAAAGACGACGCGUCGUCGCUGAUCAAAUGCGCUGUGAUGGAUUUAUCGUCACCGGCAUCAGCGUCCACGUCCACGUCGGCGCUGGCGCCGGCGUCGUUACGCUCGCCCUCCUCCUCUUCGGCGUCGACCUCGAUCUUGAGGCACGAUCAACAAGAUCAGCACGAUCAAUAUUCGCGAAAGAAAAGCCCGCUCGUCGACGCGUCGAAUCAGUCACGCCACCCUGUGCCCGCCGUUUUUAAAUCUGGCCUGUGUUCCGAUUCCGUCAAAUCAAAUCCCAACCCAAAGUCCAUUCCACGAGCCUGUACUAGCGCCACCACCACCAACACCACCACGACACCCCGCGCGACACCCUGCUCCACCAGGAAGGAGGAACCGAUUCUACCGCAGAGCCUGCCACCGGGUGUCACUCAGAAGGACGUGGAUCUGUUCAAGGAGGCUCGAGAUAGAGCAGCUCGGUUAACUACUGCAAACGGAGAAAGCGAAGAAAGUAGCAGCGUGGUGUCUGUGAGCGCAGGGAGCAGCAGCGGUACAACCGGUGGAAGCCGAAAUCCCGCGGCCAUAGUUUUCGGUCGAUACGAAGUCGAGACUUGGUAUUCCAGCCCGUUUCCCCAGGAGUACGCGAGAUUGCCGAAACUGUUCUUUUGUGAAUUCUGCUUAAAGUACACCAAGAGUCGGGCGGUACUUGACAGGCAUAUGGACAAGUGCCAGUGGAGGCAUCCACCGGCCACCGAGAUCUAUAGGUGUAACGGGCUAUCCGUUUUCGAGAUCGAUGGUAACGUGAACAAGAUCUAUUGCCAAAACUUGUGUCUAUUAGCGAAAUUGUUCUUAGAUCAUAAAACUCUGUAUUACGACGUGGAGCCGUUUUUGUUUUACGCGGUGACGAAAAAUGACAAGUACGGUUGCCAUUUGGUUGGCUACUUUAGUAAAGAGAAACAUUGUCCGGCGCAGAGGUACAACGUCUCGUGUAUCAUGACUCUGCCCCAAUAUCAGAGGCAAGGGUUCGGAAGGUUUCUCAUCGAGUUCAGUUACCUUUUGUCCAAGGUCGAAGGGAUUCCUGGAACACCGGAAAAGCCACUUUCCGAUCUUGGCCGUGUAUCGUACCAUUCCUUUUGGAAAAGCGUCGUGCUCGAGUAUCUUGACGCUCACAGAGAUUCGACGGAAAUCAAACUGGGAGAUAUAACGAAAGAAACCGGAGUUUCUGCCCACGAUAUCGCGACCGCGAUGCAAUUGUUGGGUUUCGUCAGAUCGGUCCAUCUACCGGGCGAGGGAAACUCGAAGGUGGCCGUAGUAGUCGAUUGGGGCAAAGUGGACGUUCAUAUGGCCAAGAUACGAAAAAGUUCGCGUAUCAAGUUGGACCCUGAUUGUCUCAGGUGGAUACCGUUGCUCACGCAAAUUCCAAAUCCGUAUCAAAGCCCGGAAGAAAGCGGCGACACUAGUUCCGAAUCGUCACCGGUCGCGGCCGAACCUAAACACGUAGCAGCCGUUGUCGAGAAAAUACAAAAGGUAAAGAUCAAGAGAAAACCGAGAGGCAGGAGGUUGGGACAAAGAAGAUCGUCCCCCUUGAAACCAAAAGCUCUUCAAAAAUCUUCGGUACAAAAGGACACCGGUUUCAAAGAACCAAAGGACUCGAAGGAAACGAGACAAAUCAAGGACUCGAAGGAAACGAAAGAGUUUAAAGAGACGACAAAAGAGAGCAAAGAGAAUAAAGAGACGAAAGAACCAAAGGAACCGAAAGAAUCGAAAACAACGAAAGAAGCAGGAGAGAUGGAGAAAGAGCCGCGAAGCACCGCAACCGUUGUCCCGGAAAAUGGCAAGAUGAUGGAGGUUGAAGCGAAGCAUGUUACAUCGACACCGAGAAAUUCUCGAACGAUGGCUGCAUCGAAAAGUUCGAACAACUCGGUGAACUCGGCUAAGUCGACACCUCUGUCAGCGGUAUCGACGACGCCUAGACGAAAGAUCAGGGUGCCGAGAACCCCUCUAGUCGAAUCGGUAGUGACGCCUUUGCGAAAACGAAAACAUUCCGAAAAGACUGAAAGCGAAGAUAAAGAGGACAAGUGCGAAGUGAGUUGUAGAAAGAGGACUCGUGAGUCGUUGAGAGAAAAGGAGAAGGAAAAGGAGCGGGAAAGAGAGAAGGAGAAACCGAAGGAAAAAGACAGGGCAAAGGAUAAAGAUAGGGAUAAGGAUAAGGAUAAGGAUAAGGAUAAGGAUAAGGAUAAAGAUAAAGAUAAUUCGACAAAGGAGAAAGACAAUAAUUUCGUUAUGGAAGGAGAAAAGCUGUCCUCUAAAGAGGUGGGGAUAGAAUCAGUUCCGUUCUCCGGUGUCCAGAAACCGGCUAAAAAGCAGUGCAAAGUAGACGACAUCCUGUUGAAGAUAACCAGUCGACAAAGCGGGAAAUACCUGCAGACGAAACAAGGGAAAGAGAAAAAGCUUUCGGAGCAAAACCAAUGUAACGGAGGAAAAGAGGAGGCAAAGGAAAUUGUUAAAGGUUCGCCGGUAUCGAGACGUGGUAGGGCGAAAGCCGAGAAAGAUGCUUUAAAGAUGCCACAAUUGAAACCGGAAGCAGUUUGUACAGAAGAGAGAGCGGAUAGUCCCAUUACGGUAGCACCUCCCCCAGCUUUAUCCCCUUCGCCAGACUCGGAGAAAACAGAUUCACCUGUUACCGACAAACAGCUCUGUGUUUUUGAAUCGAAUCCUGCUAAUCAGCCGGAUAACGCGACGGAAACGAAUGAGAUCGAUACCAGCGUGGUUACUGCCGAUAUCGGUCGAACAAGCAGCGUUGUCGUUCCACCGGAACCGGAGGCGGAGGUAACCUCUGCCAGUCCUGGAGAAUACGAGGGUGGUGACGAAGACGAAGGGGAGGAAGAAGUACCUGCGCCGAGACCGAAGUCUGUGACACAGUGUUCAAGCGUAACUGGCGGAAAUAUUGAUUCGAACGAACAAACCGCCGCAGAGAUAAUGACGGAAGAUAAUCGAGUCGAUGAACGGAAAGAAGUAGAGAAAUACUUCCUGCAGAAUGUGGAAUCGGAAUCGCAAUCGCAAUCGCAAUCGCAAUCGCAGAUUGCCAACGAUCGGAACGAACAAGUUGCGAAAGAAUGUGAUAAAGAUUCAGAGACUGAAAAAGCAAUUUGUAGUCCGGAAACGCUGAAAUUGGUACCUGAUGUUCCUUCGCCUAAACGCGAGGAAAACGAAAAAUUAAAAGUUAUUGCUCAGGAUAAGGAUGAGGAUAGUUGUAAGGAUGAGGCGGUUUCCGAUAGGUUAGCUUUAAAAGAUUCGAGGGAAGAUUUCACACGAACGAAAGUGGAAACUUGUCCGACUGCUCCUACGGAAAAGAAAGAAUCGAUCGUUGCUUUGAACGUUGCGUCGCCUGAAACGGAGUCCCUCACUCCACAAGAGAAGGUUCUUUCCGUCGUGGAGCAGCAACAACAACAACAGCAGCAGCAGCAGCAGCAUCAUCAUCAUCAUCACCACCACCAUCAUCACCACCAUCACCAACAGCAGCAGCAACCACCACCACCACCACCGCCGCCGCAACAACAACAACAACAACAACAGCAGCAGCAGCAGCAGCAACAGCAGCAGCAACAACAGGAGAAUUUGCAUCUUCAAACUCAAUCGGAAGAGUUGAAACAAAAUUCUCCCGAAAGUGGCAAAACGACGCCUCAUUUGGAAAAUCCUGGCUCGGUGAAACGCACGCCUCCUUCGCAACCGGAUUUGCCCUCGAUGGGUGUAUACACGCCUGAUUCGACUACAAAUUCGGUGCAUUCGUUGCAUUACGGCCACUGCGAUUUGGAUGUUAGUCAAUUGGGACUGGAAUCUCCGACUUCGAUCGCGAGCGAUCUCGCGUCGCAAAACAGCGUCGAGAGGCCACCGAGCGCUUUGCCAUCGAUGCCGGCUUCGGUCACAUCGGUUCCGCCACCCUCGGUACCCAUGCAAAUAGCUACUCCGCCAGUGACUUCCGUUACCGUAAAUAUAUCACCGCAAGUACAGUACUCUGACUGUUCGAUGCCUCAACAUACGCAAUCAACGGCGCACGUGAAUAUGCAUCCGAUGCAGCAUCAACCUCAUACACCGCAACCCCUUCAACAGCCUCGAACGCCACAGUCGCAUACUCCUCAAAGUAUACCGACCCAAAGUCCGCAACCCCUUCCGCAAAGUCAUACGCCACAACCGUUGCCUCAGUCUCAUACUCCGCAGCCUCUUCCUCAGUCUCACACGCCUCAGAGUAUACCGACCCAAAGCCCUCAACCGAUGCCUCAAAGUCGUACGCCGCAACCUUUGCCCCAGUCUCAUACGCCGCAACCGAUACAGUUGUCUCUGACUCAACAAGCACAGAACCAAAACAUAGCGCAUAGUCAGUCUCAACCUCAGCAGCAACAGCAACAGCAACAGCAGCAGCAGCAGCAGCAGCAGCAGCAACAACAACAACAACAACAGCAGCAGCAACAGCAACCGCAAUCGCAAUCUCACAGCAACAAGAGAGCUAGUGGUUCGCAAACUACUCAUAGAUCGAGAUCGACUCAACAGAGUAGUAGCCGAUCGCAUCGAAGCACGCCUCCUACGUCGCAUGCGCAAGCCUCCUCUCAACAUUCGAGCUCUCACAGUAGUCACGCGAGCUCUCAUAGCAGCCACACCACCGUGGCGCACAGCACCCACGUGCCACCUCAGUACCAGCAAUCUUCGUCGAUGAGCGUACCGCCGGUACCUCAUCCUCAUUCUCACACGCACGCUGCUCAUUCGCACAAUAUGGCCGUUAUCUCGCAAGGAAAUUACAUGGCAGUCGCCUCGCAAAACUUUCCAACGCAAAACACGUACGUGAUCCAGCAUCGUAGCGGCAGAUCGGGCGCGCCUACACCUUGCACCACCGCGACAAACUUUUACAUUCAGACGAGCGCGAUGCCUCCGCAUUCGCACACUCCGGCACCUUCUUUAUCCGCAUCCGGAAAUCAUCAGACGACAAAUUCCUGCAGCUUGGCAAAAUUGCAGCAACUUACAAAUGGUUUGGAAAUGAUACCACCCACGCCUCCACCAAGUAUGAAUUUGACACCACCGCCACCGAUACCGCAUACGAUGACUCCACCGCAAAGCUCGCGACAAUUAUCGACUCCGCCUCAGGUGCCUCUUGGUUAUCCGAAGAAUUAUUACAACGUGAACACUGUUCCACCAAGCACUCCUGGCCCGCCGAGCAGGUCAGCUUCGAGAUCAUCGGCUAACGCGAACAUGGCCUCUCUAACGCAACCGUAUCCAAGCGAUAGUCUUUAUCGACAAACUCUCGACCCUGGAAGUACAUGCCCUCAGAUGCAGAGCGCGGCUAGUAGGGUCAGCCCUAACGUCGCUUUGAACACGAAUCUUAUGGCUCAGUAUGGUUAUAGAGUAGCACAACCAGCCACCGGCUACAUGAAUCAAGCGGCUCAACUCGGUGGUUUCAUGAAUCAGGCCAGUCAGCUGCCCGUCGGAGUCGUAAAUGUACCUGCACCAUACCCCCAGGACCCUCAUCAACAGAACCCAGCGGCGGUCUACACCACCUAUCACGGUUACAUCAACGGAGGCCUUAUGCAGCCUCUGAACAGUUCGAUGAGGCCGCGUUAGCCCUCCGAUCAACCGAACGCACACUCUACUAUUAUUCCUCGUAACAAAGAAGCGACGGAACGCGCCUGAAAUCUUGGCUACUCUUUCAGAAUUAUCCAAUCGAUUGGAAUCUCUUCUAUACAAAUUUCGAGUGUAAAGUAUAACGAGGGAACGUUGACGAGAUCGCGUCGUGAAAUCUGUUUUAUUUUAUUUACUCGCUUUCGCUUUCGCUUUCGCUUUCGCUUUCGCUUUCGUUUUCGUCUCUUUACGUUAUCGGUGUUCGGCAGCACCCUUCUCAAUAUCCGCCAUAUUCUUCACGUUUUUACGUCAGGAUCAAAGGAUUCUCAAGUUGUCGGAUAGCUGUAUAUGGUUGAACAUGGCUAAGCGAUCGAAACUUGCAUAGGAGAAUAAAUCGACGAAACUUGCAGAAAAACGGAUGAGUGGAUGUAAUUAGGUAUGUUUGAAAAUCAAUCUGCAAAGUAUGGAUUCGUAAGUUGUGCAUUUAAAGUGAUUAAUAAUAAUAGUCUACCUUGAAGGUCGAUUAGGGAUCUAUUAGGGUAGAUAAACGUUGUAUAUUCACGAUCGACGAAACAAACACCUAUUUUUAUUAGUAGGGCAUUCCCUCCCGAAACUGCAACAGUGUUACGUUUUGUGUAUGAUAAUAUACAUAUGCGUAUAUAUGUAUAUGUAUUACACAUGAUAUUUGCAAAUAAUAUUCUGUUUGAUAUUAUCGAUUGUUGAACGUUGUUGUUUACUUUUUCUUCGAGGCACACUGUACUUUACUGUAUCAUAAAAUACUUGUAUCGCUCUAAUAAUUCUAAUUGUAUUAUUGCAAAUUUAAUUACGAUCGCUGUUGGGAUUGUUUUUAAACGCGUUCGUUUCGUUGUCAUCGACUGGUAAAUGAGCAGUAUCAACCACACGUUUCAUCUUUUCAUCCUUUCACCUUUCUACGUGAUACCGUUUUUAUUAUCGUAAUUAUUCUAUUACUGCUACUAUUAUUACCUCUAUGAUUAUGAUGAUGAUGAUUAUUAUUAUUAUUAUUAUUAUUAUUAUUAUUAUUAUUAUUAUUAUUAUUAUUAUUAUAAUCAUUAUCAUCAUCAUCAUCAUCAUCAUCAUCAUCAUCAUCAUCUCCAUCGUCACUGUCUUUAUUUUUAUCUUCGUAAUCGCACCAUCGUUAUUGUCGUUAUCAUCGUCGUCGACGUGAUCAUCGAUCGUUCGAAACAGAAUUAUAUUUUAUUCGUUGUCACUCCCUAAACCCGUCACGAUACGCCAAACGUACUGACGGUAUAGAGAAAAUACACAUAAGAAGAUCGAAAAACGUUCGUUCGUUCGUUCUUGUGUAUUAUACGUAACGUUUUAUCAUCUACAUUUAUACAGUACGGAGCGAGAUACAACUAGGAUCACACACGUACUAGUUACAAGAAUGAUUACGGAUGCGUAAAAGAAACUCUUCCACGGAGCGUCGUAAAAAAUUUAUGCUAAAAUUAUUUUUUGUAUCGAGUUAUAAGAGAAAAGUCGAGAACCAAAUUCCCCGUUUAGCCUGUUUGUGGGAAAUUUUAAAUGGUGCUCGUUCGUGUACUUUCAAUUGUAAUUUCCCUUCCUUGUGACGCUUCGAGGAACGAUCGCGAACAAAUAAUAUAUUUAUAGUAUGUUACGAAUUUAAUUUUUUCAGACGAGACUAUAAGAGCGAGAGGCAAUGAUUUGCCUAGUUUUUAGCGUAUCUAUUAAACGACAAGAAAAAGUUAUGAAUAGUGUAAAAAUACAUCAAUAUUUAUUGUACAUAGAUCUAAAAAAAGUACUAACAAAUAAAAAGGAAUCAAAAA